AUGCUUGGCCCAUGGGAUAUUACAGUGUGCCGAGAGGAUGUGGAGUUUUGUCAGCCAGCACUACUGCAGUCUUCAGUUAAGCAACAAGUAGAAGCUAUUGAAAAACAGUACAUUUCUGCAAUUGAGAAACAAGCACACAAGUGUGAGGAGUUGCUAAAUGCUCAGCAUCAGAGGCUUCUUGAAAUGCUAGAUACAGAGAAGGAACUGUUAAAAGAAAAAAUAAAGGAAGCUUUGAUUCAGCAAUCUCAGGAACAGAAGGAAUUAUUGGAAAAAUGUUUGGAGGAAGAAAGGCAAAGAAAUAAAGAAGCAUUAGUAUCUGCUGCAAAGCUUGAGAAAGAAGCAAUGAAGGAUGCAGUUUUAAAAGCCAUAGAAGAAGAGAGAAAAAAUUUAGAAAAAGCCCAUGCUGAAGAAAGGGAAUUAUGGAAGACGGAACAUGCAAAAGAUCAAGAAAAAGUAUCUCAGGAAAUUCAAAAAGCUAUACAAGAACAAAGAAAAAUAAAUCAGGAAACUGUCAAGGCAGCAAUAAUAGAAGAGCAGAAGCGAAGCGAAAAGGCUGUGGAAGAGGCAGUGAGAAGAACAAGAGAUGAAUUGAUAGAAUAUGUAAAAGAACAGAAAAGGAUAGAACAGAAGUACUUCCAGAUCUUCUCUUCUCCUGUUUCAAUGACCCUGGCUUGGGAAGAUGACAGAUUGAAGAGAAAAUCAGAAACUCGAAGGGGUGUAGACAGUAUGACUGCCCAGUGCUAUGUCAUCUUCAGCCUGCACCAUCCAGAGAGCACAUGUCAAACUAGAUUUUGGAUAGCUACAUGA